GUGAUGGUAGUUGGUUAGCCUUUAGCCAACAACACACGUAUUCUUCGCAUUUGCACAGCACAAUAAAACUAAAAACAAAGUUGGUGCUCGACACUGUCCCACCGCACGACCCUGAUUCCCUGGAACGGUUAAUAAGACGGUGGCGACCUACUUGCUCCAUCAUGAACACCAGUGGAGGAAAAAGCGGUAGGGUAAAUACACGUCCACAAAACUGAAACGAAACUACGUCUGACAGUUCAAGAUUCACGCUUGACUCGGUUGAAGCUACUGACCCGAAUUCCCUCUACACAGAUGGCAGUCGUCAACAUAAGAGACACCAGAGAGUCAGCUGCUGUAUCAACUUCCUUGGCAUACAGCCCCCCAACGUGGACAUGGACUUCAUUUCCCAGACGUUACCUAAUUGCAGUGAUGGCCUUUUUUGGUUUUUUCAACAUCUACUCCCUCCGUGUCAACUUGUCAAUUGCAAUUGUGGCCAUGACUGAAAAUCGCACAACCAUCCAUGCCAAUGGAACAAUUGGAUAUGAUCAAGAUUUCCCGUGGAGUUCCAAAGAGCAAGGCCUUUUACUGAGUUCAUUCUUCUAUGGAUACAUCACUACCCAGCUUCUAGGGGGCUGGUUGGCCCCAAAAAUGGGAGCAGGCAAACUAUAUGGACUGGGGAUUCUCACAACUGCCAUAUUGACUCUGCUAACUCCAUUAAUUGCUAACAUUGGCCUAGCUCCACUAGUUGCCAUUCGCAUUUUGGAAGGAAUUUUUGAGGGAGUCACUUUCCCAGCAAUGCAUGCGCUUUGGAGUCGAUGGGCCCCGCCUCUUGAACGGAGUAAACUAGUAACGAUCGCCUACUCUGGAAGUUAUUUCGGCACUGUGGUUUCUAUGGGAGUGUGCGGAUUACUUGCUGAACACCUCGGAUGGGCAUCCAUUUUUUACGUUUCGGGUACAUUUGCUCUACUAUGGUGGGUACUCUGGUUCGUUUUGGUAAAAGAAUCUCCCCAAGAAGAUCGUUUUAUCGAUAGAUCGGAACUAGAUUACAUUUCAAAUUGCCUAGGCGUGACUGCCAAUCAACAUACUCUAAACGUACCAUGGAAAUCAAUUUUAACGUCACUGCCCGUUUGGGCGACUGUUGUUGCGCAUUUCGCUGAGAACUGGGGUUUCUAUACGCUUUUGACACAGCUUCCAACAUUCCUGAGCGAUACGUCCGACCUUAAACUGGAUAAAACAGGAUUCCUUGCCGCCAUUCCAUAUUUGGCCAUGGCCAUAGUUGUUCAAUGCGGUGGCCAGUUGGCUGACUGGCUUAGAUCAAGAUGGCGUGUCGAAACAACAAAAGUUAGAAAAAUCUUUACGUGCGGAGCCUUCGUCGCUCAGACCAUCUUUAUGCUCGCUACUGCCUACACCCACGCCGUCACUCCCGCAAUAAUAUGCCUAACCGUUGCCGUUGGUUUUGGAGGUUUCGCCUGGUCUGGGUUCAGUGUCAACCAUCUAGAUAUUGCGCCUCAAUUCGCCUCGUUGAUCAUGGGCCUAUCUAAUACCGUGGCAACCGUGCCCGGUAUUAUUAGCCCCAUGAUAACUGGCUACAUUGUUCAAAACAAGACGGAAGAAGGGUGGCAUGCCGUGUUCAUGAUAAGUUCCAUUAUCUAUUUAUCCGGAGCGAGUUUUUACGGCUUCGGCGCCAGUGGGAAAUUACAAAAAUGGGCCGACCAAUCAUCUCGACCCCGCAACCAUUUUGCCUCCCAUAGCGGCGAGUCCGAAACAACGGCAUUCCUCCAGGAAACGGACGGAGAAUAAAAAAAAAAAAGGGUUAACGCAUUUUUCACAAGACUAACCCAGAAGAACUCAGAGCUUUAGGACAUAAAAUGCGCAUUCGUCAUCAAAAAAUGUUUUAAUUGUUGAUCGUCAUACUUUGAAUGUGAUUUUACAGACUUCCAGCGAGUGGCAUAUUGUGUUCUACAUCUCAGCCGCUAUUUACAUGAUUGGUUGCGCAUUUUACGCCUUUGCUGCAUCGGGAAAUCGUCAAACCUGGGCUCAACCUAUCGAAGAAAACAAUC